GCUGGGACUCGGCGCACUUCAUCGGUGGCAGGUAGGAGCGUUAAACUGUGCUGCCGGUGGCGGCAGAGUAGAAGCUGACUCGGUCACUGUUUGUCUGCAGCAUGGGCGGCAUGAUCGCCAUUGAGCUAGCCGCGACGGCACCCGAGCGUGUGCGGUCGCUGUCGCUCUUGGUGACCACGCGCGGGGCAUACUUGCCGCACCCGAGGAUGUGGAAGCCCUUCCUCGGCUCGGUCCUGGGCGGAUCCAUGAAGUGCGUCAUGGAGCUGCUGUACCCGAGCACAAUCCUGGGCAACCCGAUCGACGGCCGCGAGGAUCUCAGCGUGCAGGACGUGCUUACGAAGUACCAUGCGACCCCUCAGUCCGAGAACGCGUAUCCUCCGUUGUACGCGCUGGUGGCGCAGGGUGUAGCGUGCUUGACGCACUACGUGUCGGACGAACGACUGGAACUCGUAGCCAAGGCGGGCUUCCCGAUCCUUAUCGUCGGAGGCAAGCAAGACAUCUUAAUCCCGCCCGAGAACUCGGUGGCGCUGAUCGAGCGCCUAAAGGGUGACCAUGUGCGCACUCUGUUCUUCGAGACAGGAGGGCACGGCGCAUUCUUCCAGUUCGCGGAGGAGAUCGCCGACGGUCUUGCGCAAACGAUUGAGCGCGCGAAAUUGUAAGCGAAGCAAUAUGCUGCUGUAAGUAUGAGGGAAAUUAUUACUGCCGCGAAUACAUGUACAGUGUUUACUCGGAGCUCCCAGUGCGUCCGGUGAAGUGAAUUCAUCCAUGCAUGUACUUGGCGCUCCUUCCUCUAAAGCAUGGCUUCAACAGCUCCGCUCGAUUCCAAGUCCCACUUUACUCGGAUGACUGACGCCUUCGCCCAGCCCCAGGAGUUCUGCAUCAGUCAGUACCUCGCAGUUCAACCACCUCGUUCAUUUCUCGAUUCGAUCAAGACUGCACACGUCGGAGCCAAUACAGAAUGAGCCUCUCUCGACUGGAGCAGCACAUGGCGUCCAAGUACGCGGCGUUCCGGGUGUACACGCCCGAGACGGUGCAGAAGGCCAAGGUGGCCACGGGGAUCACGAUGACGUACCUCAUCCAGGAGGUGGGCAGUGGGAGCACGGCGGACGAGACCAGGUUGGCGCUGAUCAUGGGCUACAGCUAUCGGAAGGAGGAGUGGGCGCCGCUGGUCGACGGUCUGCUUACGCAAUGGGAGCAGAAGUACCCCGGCAAGACGCUCAAGGUCUUGACGCUGGACAACCGCGGCGUGGGGGACACGGACGCUCCGUGGGGCAAGUACUCGACGUCGGGCAUGGCGCAGGACACACUGGCACUGCUGGACGUCGUCGGGUGGAAGACCGCCCACAUUGCAGGGGUGAGCAUGGGCGGCAUGAUCUCG